CACACUCUCCAGCAGCAACAGGUGAGGCCUAGCAUCCACUCAGCUCACCCACCUUCGCCACUCCUCGUCACCACACGCUCAUCCUCGCCUCAGACAUGGUCCGUGCCGGCUGUGCCCUCAUGUUGGUGGUUGUGGUGUUCGCCUCGUGCGUGUCAGCCCAACUCAACUUCUCCCCUGGCUGGGGCAAGCGUGCGGCGGCCGCCAGCGGCACAGACCCAGCCGCCGCCUCCCUUCACCCCGCGCCACCAGCCGUUCUCACCGCAGCAUCAGGCGCCAACGCCGGCGAUAGCUGCGGCACCAUCCCCGUCUCCGCCGUCAUGCACAUCUACAGGCUCAUCAGGACUGAGGCGGCGCGACUGAUCCAGUGUCAAGAAGAAGAGUACAUGGGUUAGAGGCGGGUCCUGGCCCCUCCACCACCUCCCAGUCUUAGCCAAACCUCUGUGAUUGUUGUAAGAUUACUGCGUGAUUCUCCGCCUCCCUGUUAACCAUAGAGAUGCUACUACGUCCUUCAGGCUGACACGCAGGCCUGCACCACCUGGCCCGGGACACACCCCCGUGGCCUGGUGAUGCUCUCUCAACAUUUUAGUGAAAAAAUGAAAAAUAAAUAACCUCCGUGUCAUGAGAUUCAUACUUAUAUUUUUCUCAUCGUUCUGAAAACAUGCGGGCUGGAAUAUCUGGAUCAGAAAUGUUGCAUUUGAUUAAACUAGUCCAUGUGGC